GCAGUACAGCACAAAUUUGAUUUCAUGGUGCGAAAAAUGAGAUGCCAAAUUAUGCGAUGCAGUGAAAUGUGCGUUAAUUUUACAAGAAAGUGCCCCCGCAAGUAGCUGUGGGAUAAAUGAACUCUAUAUAACUGGAUUAUUUGAGUGUCCUCAAUUUCGCUGUCUUAUAACAAAAUGGGGGAAUAUGAGAAUGUAGACAAGUGUAUGUAUCCUGCUAUUACAAAUGAUAUUCGUUCCCGCCUGCAGCACUUUGUGGAGGAGAGGAUGCAGACCACCAUGUUGACAGGUGUAUUGAUCGGGGCAGUGGUGGCUGUGUUUCUGAUAGGAAUCUCUGUGCUUCUUCUUUACCGCAGAUACAAACUAGCAAGUCAGCAGGCUGGUGUCCCUAGGUAUCGCUUCAGGAAGAGAGAUAAAGUGCUCUUCUAUGGCAGGAAAAUCAUGAGAAAGGUCCAGACCUUGUCCUCCACACCAUCCUCCGCUUCAGUGUCUAAACAGCGCUCUCGAAAGAGGCCUAAAGUUCUAAGUAUAGCUCGAAGGAUCCUGCGGAUUAGGAAGGAGCCACCCACUCUACAGCCCAAAGAACCCCCUCCCUCACUCUUGGAGGCGGAUCUUACUGAGUUUGAUGUCCAGAGCUCAAACCUGCCCUCAGAGGUUCUCUACAUGCUCAAGAAUGUUAGGGUACUAGGUCAUUUCGAGAAGCCCUUGUUCCUGGAGCUGUGUCGGCACAUGGUGUUUGUGGAGCUGCAGGAAGGAGAGGUGCUGUUUAAGCCGGGAGAUGAUGAUGAAAGCAUCUAUGUGGUUCAGGACGGAAGACUAGAGCUUUGCAUUCAUGAGCCUGAUGGCACAGAUCCUGUGGUGAAGGACGUAUUGCCCGGGGACAGUGUUCACAGUCUGCUCAGCAUUCUAGACAUCAUCACGGGUUAUCCUGCUCCUUAUAAGACUGUGUCGGCACGUGCAGCGGUCAGGUCUACCAUAUUGCGUCUGCCUGCUUCAGCUUUCCAGUCUGUGUUUGAGAAAUACCCUGAGACUCUAGUGAGAGUCAUUCAGAUAAUCAUGGUGCGUCUGCAGAGAGUCACUUUUCUAGCACUUCACCACUACCUGGGGCUGACGACCGAGCUUUUCAAUCAGGAAAGACAAGCAGUACCGGUUUUCACAGUCAACAGUGUGCUCGCUGAAGGGAGUCCCAUUAGAGUCCCGCGCAAGCCCCACUUUCAGACAACAUCAGAAGACGAGCACCUGCACAGCUCUGGAGAGCACUUUACAGACUCUGAUGGAGGGCAAGCUGGUUCAUAUGAAAACGCAUCCUCAGUUGUGCACAGGUCUCGCUCUGUCUCAAUGCCUAUUGAGAGGACAGGGGUGGCAGGAAACGACCUGAACAUGGCUUACGAACGGGCCCGAGUCACCAUAGACGAUCCUCCAUCCAGUCCUGUAAUUUACAAGUCCAUUUUGAAGAAGAGUGUGACCAUGCAGCAAGCUCCAUCUGCUGUGAUUCAUUACACGGACAAUGCGCCAUGCUCUGACGUGCCCCCCAGUAAAAUAGGAGCCAUAUUCCAGGCUGCCAAGAAAGACCUGCUGGGUGUUUUUCAGCUGCAGGACCCCAGUUUGCUGGAGGGCAGGGUGACACUGCAUCAGGUUAAGGCUGGAUCUAUUGUAGCUCGCCAAGGAGAUCAGGAAGUGAGUGUGCAGUUUGUUAUCUCAGGUACGCUGCAUGUAUACCAGCGGAUGAUCGACAGGGAGGAGGAUACGUGUCUGUUCGUGGCUCGCCCAGGAGAGCUGGUGGGUCAGAUGGCCGUGCUGACAGGCGAACCUCUCAUCUUUACUGUGCGGGCGCACCGUGACUGCAGCUUCCUGUCCAUCUCUAAAACGCACUUCUAUGAGAUCAUGCGAGCUGAGCCCACAGUGGUGCUGAAUGUUGCUCAUACUGUCGUAAGAAGGAUGUCAUCUUUCGUCAGACAGAUUGACUUUGCCCUUGACUGGAUGGCUGUGGAGGCGGGCAGAGCUGUCUACAGGCAGGGUGAUAAGUCUGACAGUACUUUUAUAGUGCUUAGUGGCCGCUUGCGUUCCGUCAUCAGAAAGGAGGAUGGGAAAAAGGAGCUGACGGGAGAGUAUGGCAGAGGAGAUCUCAUUGGAGUGGUGGAAGCUCUGACCCAUCAGAACAGAGCAACUACUGUUCAUGCUGUUCGAGACUCAGAACUAGCUAAACUACCCGAGGGAGCUCUCAGUUCCAUUAAGAGGAAAUUCCCACAGGUAGUCACAAGGCUUAUUCACCUGCUCGGACAGAAAAUCCUCCAGCAGGUUAAUGGACCUUUGACAGCUCGCAGUCUGGCUCUGCACACCCCAGGAAGUAAAUGGGAUGCAGGGAACCCUGCCUCAAACCUUUCCACUGUCACUGUGCUCCCAGUAUCAGAAGAGGUCCCUCUGACUGCUUUCACCCUGGAACUUCAGCAUGCACUCCUGGCUAUCGGUCCCACUCUCCUUUUGACGAGUGACAUCAUCAAACAGCACCUUGGAUCUGCUGCAUUAGACAGUGUGCAUGAGUACAGGUUGUCAAGUUGGCUAGGUCAGCAGGAAGACAUCCAUCGCAUAGUCCUGUAUCAGACAGAUGUGUCACUCACCCCCUGGACUCAACGCUGCAUCAGACAGGCAGAUUGCAUCAUCAUCGUGGGACUGGGAGAACAGGACCCAGCCGUUGGAGAGCUGGAGCGUAUGUUAGAGGGAAGUGCAGUGAGGGCACAGAAACAGCUGGUGUUGUUGCACCGCGAGGAUGGCCCUCCUCCUAAAGGAACAGCUGAAUGGCUGAACAUGCGGAGCUGGAUCUCCAGACACUUUCACCUGUCCUGCCCUCGCAGGGUUUUCUCCAAGAGGAGCCUGCCUAAACUGAGAGAGAUGUAUCAGCGUGUGUUCCAGAAACCUGCCGACCGUCACUCUGAUUUCUCUCGCUUGGCCCGCGUUCUGACAGGCAACGCCAUCGCUUUGGUGCUGGGGGGUGGAGGAGCCAGGGGUUGCUCACAAGUGGGCAUUAUUCGUGGAUUAAGUGAGGCGGGAAUCCCCAUUGAUCUGGUGGGUGGCACCUCGAUUGGUUCCAUGAUGGGCGCUCUGUAUGCAGAGGAACGCAGUUAUAGCAGGAUGAAGAUUAGAGCCAGAGAGUGGUCCAUGGAAAUGACAUCAGUGUUUAAGAAAGUGCUGGACUUAACCUACCCUAUCACCUCUAUGUUCUCCGGAGCUGCAUUUAACUCCAGCAUUAAUGCUGUCUUCAAGGACAAGCAGAUAGAGGAUCUCUGGAUCCCAUAUUUCAACAUCACCACAGACAUCACCGCCUCCACAAUGAGAGUGCACACUGACGGCUCUCUGUGGAGGUAUGUGCGUUCCAGCAUGUCCCUUUCUGGUUACCUGCCACCACUGUGUGAUCCAAAAGAUGGACACCUGCUCAUGGAUGGAGGCUACAUCAACAAUUUGCCAGCGGAUGUGGCACGCUCCAUGGGCGCCAAGGUGGUGAUUGCCAUUGAUGUGGGCAGCCAAGAUGAAACCAACCUCACCAACUAUGGAGACGCCCUCUCCGGAUGGUGGCUACUAUGGAAACGGCUCAACCCACUGGCUGAGAAAGUCAAGGUGCUGAACAUGACUGAGAUUCAGGCACGGCUGGCUUACGUGUGCUCUGUGAGACAGCUCGAGUCAGUUAAAAGCAGUGACUACUGUGAAUAUAUCAGACCUCCCAUUGACAGAUACCGAACACUCGAGUUCGGCAAGUUCGAUGAGAUCAGCGAAGUGGGCUACCAGCAUGGGAAGACAGUGUUUGAUGUGUGGUGCAGGAGUGGAGUAGUAGAAAAGAUGAUGAAGGACAGACAUCAGGAGGAGUUCCACAAAACUCAAAAUAACAAUGUGGUGACCUGUCCAAAUGCCUCCUUCACUGAUCUGGCCGAGAUCGUCUCACGCAUUGAACCAGUUAAACCAGCUCAUAUGGAUGAUGAAUCAGACUAUCACACCGACUAUGAAGAGGAGAUGGCAGAGAGCACUCUAUCAGACAUGGAGUUCUACAACCAACACAGUGAACAUACUGAAGAGGAACUGACUGCAGACACUGACGAAGAAUUCGAAAAGACUCGCAGAGAGGGUGUGCAUUCUGAACCAGAGAACAUGGGACCUGUGUCCUCUCUAACACUGCAAAACUCCAGCCCCCACAGCCCUCCAUGCCAGGAAAGCACAUGAUAAGCACCCCUCCAUCCUGACCACUGAUUCCCUCCCAGAGAUACCAGCGUGGCAUGUUACAAAAACUGACACUCCCAAGAUUUGGGGUUCCGACCUUAGUGCACAUUCCAAUCACAUUCCUUCCUGACCUUGAAGAGCAGAAAGUUGGCUGUUUGAGUAUUUGUAAUAGCCUUUCCCCAAAAAUCCAAAGAAGACAUCUAACUGCAACACCACUGAGAGCUGGGUAACAUUGCAUGGGGUUGUAACUCAAGAAUAUCCCACUGUAUCAUCUGUGAAGUCUCAUGGUGACUGUGAACUUUGCUGGGUAACAUUUUGAUUUUAAAGUCCCAACUUUGUUCAGUCUCAAAUUACUUGUACAGUUAGUCAGUAGAGGAGGGAUUUACAUGAGGAAGACAAUCAACUAAAAUGUUGCAUUUACAAAUGGUUAGAUUGGAUUGCUUGUACUCUCGAUUCUUUCUACUGUCAAUGAAACAAGCAAAAAAGAGAAUAACAUUGAGAGAUCACAAAAGCAAUGAGAUACCUGUAGAGUUCUCUAAUUAUAAGCUCUGAUAACUGAUGUUUUUUUUUUUUUUGCUUGAACCUCUCAAAGACGAUUUGACAAGUCGAUUUGUCCCACAGCUUUGCUGUUGCAUGCAGAUCAGCGAUAUCGUACUGAAGGAUACUUGAUCUAAUGUGGACUUUAGACAGCUUGGAGACUAACCUAAGAUCUAACCUAACCAACGUCAUGUAUCAUACUGAAUGUGUCUGAUAGAUUACUUUUACCUCUAACAUUAUGUGAUCAAACACUUACAAUUCACAAACACAAGCCUAUCAAUGCAAUACUUUUAAAAAUCACGUGUUAUUGUUGUGAAGAAUGGUUGUAUAUGCUACCUGUAGUGCCUUUUUAACCUUGACACUAGCCAUAAAAGUGAAUGAUAGUUAAUUAAUGUGCCAAAUAUAUGAAUAGUCUAAUAAUGCCAGUAAUGAUUAAUAUGCAAUUUAUUUUAGUUUGUCUAAGUUUUGUUGAACACGUGUGAGUCAUAAUGUGAUCUUUAGUUAUAUACAGUCAUGACUUUUAUUGACUUGCAGUACCUGGUGUAUGUGAAGAUUUGUGGUUACACUGCUGUUACGAUAAGUUUGAAACCAUCUUUAUGCUAUGUGCCUAUAGUUUUGCAUUAAUAUGUUGAAACCCUGUGCUAAGAAAGCUACAGACUAAGCGUUAAAGGCAUAGCUCAACCAAAAAUGAAAAUUCUGUCAUUUACUCACCCUCAUAUUGUUCCUAACCAGGAUGACUUUCAUUCUUACCUGGAGGGCAAAAGCAGAUGUUGGGCUGAAUGUUAGCAUCAGACACCAUUUGCUUUUUUCAUUGUAUGGGAAAAAGAUGCAAUGAUAGUGAAUGGUGACCGAGUCUAACGUCCUUCUAUGGGUUUGGAGUGACAUGAGGGUGAGUAAAUGAUGAUAGAAUUUUCAUUUUUGGGUGAACUAUCCCUUUUAAUGUUUUGAAAGUUAGCAGUGGUCUAUGUUAAUUGUUGGAGACCGUUUGUUCCCAAAGCGAAAGUAAAUGGACAAGAUGGACAUUAGAGCAUCCAAACAAGAAUAUGUAAUUAUUUUCAAAUGACAUGAGAGUUUGGUGUCAUUUGCCAACUUAAUAAAGUUUCAA